GUUUGGCAAUCAGCUGAUGGUGCGCGACGCUAAGCUGUUGUAAAUAUUGCUGCUAGCAAGAUUCAGUUUUCUUAAUGUUAGUUUUUAUUCAAUCUAACGACGGAGGUGUUACUAAUAUCGGAUAGUUUAAGCCGGGUAGUUGACUAAGCGCGCGGCAUCCUUUGGCUUUUCCCUCUUGAUCUGCCUUUUUGAGUAUGGAUGAGCCAACCCCAAACUAUUUCUGCGAGGACAGCGUAGGAAGCCAGCAUUAUACUUUGUUCAAGAAAGUCAAUGAAAUCCAGAACGACCUUCAUUCGGCUGUGGCUGAACUCCGAGGCGUGAAGGAUGCCGUAGAGAUGCUCACCAAGGCAGUUGGGACACUUACGGAGUUCGUUGAGCAGUCGGCCCAGGUGGAGGGCGAGGUUCAUGAUAAAAUGGAUGAGUAUUUCCCUAUAAAAUCGGACGAGGAGCUAUCGGAUAUUGACGAAAAAAUAAAACGGCAGAGUGGCGAUAGAUAUAUAAAGCACAUGGUGCGGCUCUUGAGCCAGGAAAAAAUGAGCCGAUCGAUACGAAACAUAAUCUCGGAGGAAGUCAUUUUAAAUUACAAUUUGGAUGGAGCCCAACAUAAAAAAAGGCUUAGAUCUUUUGAAAAUUUUUUUCGCGCGCUGUUGCAUGCCAUCGGUCAGGUGGAGCCCUCUGAAUCCGCUGAGAAAGCGUUGUCGAAGGCAAUGAGAUGCGUGAAAACCCUUCACGCAGGCAAAAGAAAAAUAGAGGGGUCGCCCCUUAAUGUGAAGGUCAAGGCUAAAACUUCGCGAAAAUUCGAAAUAUUUGAAUAUUUCCCCAUAAAAUCGGAUGAUGAGCUAUCGGAAAUUGAUGAAAGAAUAAACAAAGGGAAUUGCGAUAAAUAUAUAGAGCACAUGGUACUGCUCUUAAGCCGCCAAAAGAUGAGUCGAUCAAUUCGAAACAUAUUCUCUGAAGAGCUCAUUCUCAAGUAUAAUAUAGACGGAUCUCAAAGUAAGAAAAAACUUAACGUUUUCGAAAACUUUCUUCCCGCGCUGUUAAAAGCCGUCAGUCAGGUAGAGCCUUCUGUACCGGCUAAAAAAGCGUUGACUAAAGCAAUGAGAUGCGUUAAGAACCUACAUUCAUCGCGGAAGAAAAGAAAAUUCGAAGUUGUAUAAAAAAUUAGACUGCCAAGUCAAACUUAAUUUUAGAAAAAACUCAUUGGACAGGGAGCUAACCCUGAAAGUGCGCAUUACCUAGUGUAAUCUGAAAUGGAAACCCUGAUGAUAAUAUCCAUCAGAAAAUUUUCUCGAAAUUUAUCUGAAAAUAUAACAAUGUAAUUGAGCAAAAUGUACUCGUACAUUUGUCAAAUUAAAAAAUUAAAUUAAAAGCAUUAA